AUGGCAUAUCCUAUCAUCCUCAUCGGCGUUAUUGGCCUUCCCAUUAUAAUCCUGCUCCGCUGGCUCCUGACAUACACGCGCACCGUCCUCAAGGUCCGCCGUAAUGGCCAUCCUGCAAUUCACAGUGGUGUCAUGAUUUUUGAGUCCGUCGUGCGUUCAUGGUAUCCUCGAAUCCCUUUUCUGGUACCUAUGGAGAAGUUCACCCUGAAGGAUCCCUUCAAGAAGUUCGCUGAUGCGCGCUCUGACAUGAUCGUUAUCACUGAGGCUUCGUCACCUAAUGGUAUCGCCUACCUCUUCGGAUCACCAAAGAUCUUCCGUGAAAUUGGCCGCAACGGCGACAUCUUCCUCAAGCCGCUUGAGAAGAUUCGCUAUCGCAUGCUCAAUACCUUUGGACUCCAGCUCGCCUCAACACAGAACGGCACCCAGCAUGAGAGACACAAGCGCGUUGUCAAAGCAGUAUUCAAUAAUGAGCUUAUGGAGAACGGGUGGCAAAACAUGCGCAACAUGUGGCGAAGCCUCCUCCGCGAAGAGGGCGUCUAUCCAACAGCUGCCAACUCAGACGCUGCUCCCAUUGUACGAGACAUGAAGUCGACGAUGCUGAAAGUCACACUUGGUGCCAUUGGUGCCUCGUGGUUUGACAUUGACAUUCCCUGGAAUCCGGCUAAGGAGACGCAACGCCAAAAUGACGAGUUGAUGCCAUUCGCCGAGACACUGAAAGUUGUUUGGGAUUCACCAUUUGUGCAGACUAUUCUACCACUGUGGUUCAUGGAAUGGAGCCCUUCGUUGCAUCUUCGUCGCGCUGCUUGGGCACAGCGAUCCCUUGUUACCCACAUCAAGAAUGCGCAGGCUGAGACAAGACGAAGAAUCGAGGAUAGCAAGGAUAAAGCUCAGGUUCAAGGCCGGAUGCGAAAGUACAGGAACCUCAUCGAUGCGCUGGUGGAUUCUCAGAAUGACGUGGAGAUGGCUGAGAAGGCCGAGAAGGGAUAUCUGGCCCCCAAUGUCGGCCUGUCAGACAAAGAAGUCCAAGGCAACAUUUUCUCUUUCAUGGUAACUGGUCAUGAAACAUCCUCACACACCCUGACUUGGGUCUUGUCACUGCUCGCCAAGAACACCGACUGGCAAGAAAGGCUCUAUGCUGAAGUCAGCAAGGUCAACACUCUCCCCUUGAACGAGGCCGAAAGCGCGAACGGCGCAAAGCCAUUGAAGUGCCUUGGUUAUGAAGAAAUGGCAAACCUCCCUCUGAUCCUUGCGGCUACUGUCGAAACACUCCGCAUGCGUGAUUUGGCUAUGCAGAUGACGCGUGUGGCCUCUCGCAACACCACGCUCAGUUACACAACAUGGGAUGGUGACGCAACUAACCCAUCCGAGGCCAAGGUUCAGCAACACACGAUUACAAUUCCUGCUGGCACACGUGUGCACCUCGAUACAGCGGCCUUUGGGGUUAACCCGUUCAAGUGGGAAGACCCAGAGACAUAUAACCCAGAACGUCACCUUCGCGAGACUGAGGAUAUGAAUGGCAACAAAAAGGUGACGAUCUCAUAUGAGGAUUUCAUCGGCUACUCAUCCGGUUCCCGCCAGUGCAUUGGUAAACGUUUUGCCGAGGUGACAAUGGUGUGUUUCCUGGCACAUAUGAUUCUGAACUAUCGAUGGGAGGUCGUGCCUGAGGCGGGCGAGACACAGGAGCAAGCUAAAGUGAGGGCGUCUACUGGUUCGGAACAGUUCAUGUUGACACCACCGGCAUACGAUCUGCGCUUCAUCAGACGCUAA